GCUUCCCUUAUUCAGUCACUCUCAUUCUCUGCGUGGUCCGUGUCGAUCUCCAUCGCAUCCCCCAAGCCUAGGUGUAUUCCUUUUUGGGAUCGGAAAUUGCCGGCAAGAUGUCCAAGAGUCUUAACGCAAUCCUCAUCAUGGGUUCAACCCGCGAUGGGCGCAACUGUGAACGAGUGUCAAAAUUCGUCUCUAAGAUCGCCAAGGAAUUGGAUUUCAACGUCACCGUCUUCGGGAUGAUGGGAGGAUCCCGAGCUGGGACACUUCUUCGUCCUCACCUGAGUGAGCUGGGCAUGGUUACUGUUCCGGCUUACGUUUGCGCAAACCAGAUCACCAAUUCCAUCAAUCCCGAAGGGGAGUGCAGCGACGAUACUCUGAAGGGCAAGAUGGAGCGAAUCCUGCAGGAAUUGCAAUGGUAUGGCCGCGCUAUCAAGACUGCUCGCUCUGAAACGAAGCCACCUACGUAGGGACCUUCUCAUCUCCCUGGCUGCCCCCGGUGUCAUUUUUAUGCAACACUCGUGCAUCACACAAACUUAUCAUUUAGGGUUUUUUUCAUUCACUUGUUGUAUUUUAAAACAUUUCAUGAAUUAAAGCAUCUGAUUACUGCACAUCCAAAUGAA